GACAUGGCGAUGGUGGCGUGGAGGAACCCCGAGGAGGGGACACUCUCUUCCCCGAUAUCGCAUGUUGCUCCCUUGGGUCUGCCGAUGCACAUGAACCCACCGUCGGAGAUGCCCCGCGUUGCAGCACCACCCACCGCCGCCACCACCAACACUAACAAUAGUUCUUCUUCGUCGUCCUCGUCGUCGUCGGACAAGCAGGCGAGCGCGCACAUCGAGUGCAUCGUGUGCGGUGACAAGUCCAGCGGGAAGCACUACGGCCAGUUCACUUGCGAGGGCUGCAAAAGCUUCUUCAAGCGCAGCGUGCGCCGCAACCUGAGCUACACCUGCAGGGCCAGCCGAACCUGCCCCGUCGACCAGCACCACCGCAACCAGUGCCAGUACUGCCGUCUCAAGAAGUGCCUCAAAGUGGGCAUGCGGAGGGAAGCGGUGCAGCGAGGCCGGCUCCCCCCGGCGCAGUCGUUCCACGGCCAGUUCUCCCUGAGCACGGGGGAGCCCCUGCAGUGCCACUCGUACCUGUCGGGCUACAUCUCGCUGCUGCUCCGGGCCGAGCCGUACGCCACGUCGCGCUUCGGCUCGCAGUGCCUGCCGGCCGGUGGCUCGGUGGGCAUCGAGAAUAUCUGCGAGUUGGCGGCGCGCAUGCUGUUCAGCGCCGUGGAGUGGGCCCGGAACAUCCCCUUCUUCCCCGACCUGCAGGUGUCCGACCAGGUGGCUCUGCUGCGGCUCACCUGGAGCGAACUUUUCGUACUUAACGCGGCGCAGUGCGCCAUGCCAGUGCACGUAGCGCCGCUACUGGCCGCCGCUGGCCUGCACGCAGCCCCCAUGUCGGCCGAGCGCGUGGUGGCUUUCAUGGACCACAUCCGGGUUUUCCAGGAGCAAGUGGAGAAGCUCAAGACUCUGCACGUGGACUCGGCCGAGUACGCCUGCCUUAAGGCCGUCGUGCUAUUCACUACAGACGCAUGCGGCCUGUCGGACUCGGCGCACGUGGAAGGUCUUCAGGAGAAGUCUCAGUGCGCGCUGGAGGAGUACGUGCGCAGCCAGUACCCGAACCAGCCCAGCCGCUUCGGCCGCCUGCUGCUGCGACUUCCGUCCCUGCGCUCCGUGUCGUCGGCUGUCAUCGAGCAGCUUUUCUUCGUGCGGCUGGUGGGCAAGACGCCCAUAGAAACGCUCAUCCGCGACAUGCUGCUGUCGGGCGGCAGCUUCAACUGGCCUUACGUGCCCGUCCAGUAGCGCCCCUCUGUGGGGGGAGGUUGACUCAGCUGAGGUAAUAUCGUCUCUUCCAGGAUGGACUUGCACAGCCUAAGACAUGACAUUGGAGAGACACAAAAUAGAUAUAACGUGCGCAUCAAAAACUGAUUUGCGGCCACUAAUCUGUGUUUUUUUUUGUUUUUGUUUGUUUUUUCUAUUUUUUUUUUUCUCCAGCUAUUUGCUGAAACACUCACCCGUUCGCAACGUUGUAAGUAUUGUGUGCACAUACAAUAUUAUUUGUUUUAUAUCAUUCCCAUGAACAACUUUAGUCCUAGAUGUAAAAUAAUGGAACACAGGGUUUUCUUAUCUUUUUUUUAAAGGUGCGCUCCAUUUGAGUUGACAACUGUCUAGGAAUGAGAUGAAUUUCAUUUUGUGAGCACAUUAUGCCUAUUUCAUGGCCACAGAUUAGCACUUUGUGUGCACAUUUUAUCUAUAUUGUGGUAAAAACUAUCCCACACACCCCCCGUCCUGUCUGUGGCUUCGAACAAACUUUUCCUAUUUGAGAUUACUGGACAUUUUUUGCAGUGUUGUAAAAGAUGUAUUGCCCCAUGUGUGUAUAUUUAUCAUAGUUGUCAUUUAAAAAAAGAAAGUUUUAAAAAGGCAGCAGGGCUUUUUCAAGAUAUUUGUUGUUGUGUGUUUGUCAAUAUAUUUCUUCUUAAUUUCCAGAGAUGGCACUUUUUUCUGUUAAGGACUAAACAAACAAGUAACAUUUUACACGAAAAGCACGCACAACCUAGCAAUUAGCUCAAUUUAUAUAGCAAGAAUGAAAUUGAGUAUAUCAGUAAUGUCAUUACUUUUUGGAACAGCCAGUUAAAAAGCAAACCUCUACACAUUUUGUUACUUUUAUAUUUUUAUUUAUUUAUAAUUGUGUGUGUUUUUUACACUGUUGUUGUUUGGUUGAAACACAAAACUGAUGGGGAAAAAUGUAAAACUCAAUUUGGAGAUAUUUUUUAUUCGACAGCAACGAUGGAAUUUCUGAACAACAAUAACUCUUUUUUAUUUUUGAAAUUAUCAACCAAAUGUAUUCGUUUGAUUUUUACUCCACAACAUGCAAAUAUCCAAAAAUUCAAUAGAAACGUGCAAAAAGAUGAGAAAAAAAAUAUUUCUUUUUUCCAAUUGGUGACUGAAAGAAAUCAUUCAUUAUUCAAAGAACAAUUUCAUAGACUUAAAAGUCAUUAAAAAAAUCGUCAAAACUCACACCAACCAACAAUAUUAGGGACUUGAAAAAAAAAAUCAUUUUAUUUACAAUGAAAAUAUUGUAGUAAUAUAUUGUGUUAUUAUCACGGCUUGUAAGACGUGUAUAUUGUCCUUCUUGAGAUUUUUCGUUUCCAAGUAAGUAACGACAUUGCUCAUUGCUGCGCGCGCGCGUGUGCGCGUGUGUGUUCUUUUUGGACAAACACUCAUGUUCUG